AUGCAGAAACAGCGGAAAUUCAAUCCGAAGAAGGGUCCUCAUAAGUACCUGGGUCGUAAGAAACCCCAGAGCUCAGCAUGGCAGCCAGUGAAACUGAACGGCCCCGUAAUUGCCGACGAAGGUGCAGAUUUCGAUGGGUUCGUAGGGUUGGAGAUUUUGGAGAACUAUUCCGGAGACUUUUUACGGAAGGAGAAAAAUAAGAACAAGGAAGAGACCGAGGUCGUUGGCAAGCGUAAGAAAUCGAAACGUAAGCAUUCUUCAGAUAGCGACGAUGAAAGUGAUUCCGAAGAGGAAGAAGUACGGGUAAAAAGCAAGAAGAAGCAAAAGAAAGCUAAAUCAGCUAAGCCAGAUACUGAGGAUUCUAGUGAAGAUGAUUCUGGUUUCGAUGAUCAACCAAAGAAAAAGAUAAAAGCUACACACGAGCGCCUCAUUACGAAAACAAGUAUGAGCGGUAAUGAUUCAGAUAAAAACCGGGAAGUAGAUACAGUUCCGGCCUUUUCAAUGCUGUUGAAGCCUCCAACGUCGAAACAAACACAACAGAAGGUAAAGGACACUGCGAACGAUUCUGCCAUUACUAUUUCCUCAAAUGAUUCCAAUUCGAAAAAACAAGCAACAAAAUCAAAACAAAAUGUGACUGCAAAAGGACCAACGAAAACUAAUGCAAAACCAGCAAAAAUGACACAGAAAAGAGUAAAAGAAAGUAAUACCAAGGCGGAUAAAUCUGAGCCAGAACCUCAUUCCAGUGCGGAUUAUGCGGCUUGGGUGCAGCUUGGUGUUUCCGAACCCAUCGUGAGGGCGCUCGCCGAUAAGGGUUUCAAGGUACCGACCGAAAUCCAGACCCAAUCGCUUCCGGUUGCCAUUUAUGGACGACGAGAUUUACUCGGUGCUGCAGAAACGGGAAGCGGUAAAACCCUCGCCUUCGGUAUACCGAUGCUGGAGGGGAUUAUGGCAAUGAAGAGAGCUAAGCAACAGCAUGCUGAUAAUUCAAGUGAACACGAGAUGACACCCCCACCGGAAGAUAUGGAUAUCACGGAGGAGGAUGAACAGGUGUUCGCCAAAGAAGGUCGGGCCUUGGAAAAGAACUGUGUCCAAGACGAUACCGAUAAACCAUUGUAUGGGUUGAUACUAACGCCGACACGAGAACUAGCGGUGCAGAUCAAUGAUCAUUUGAAAGCGGUUGCGAAGUACACUGGCAUCAACAUUGCGACCAUUUUCGGCGGAUUGGCUGCAGUAAAACAGGAACGUUUGCUACGCAAGUGUCCAGAAAUUGUGAUUGCUACACCUGGACGACUGUGGGAGUUGAUACAGAGCGAUAAUCAUCAUCUUUCGAAAGUGGAAGAUAUAAGAUUUCUCGUUAUUGAUGAAACUGACCGGAUGCUGGAAAAAGGACACUUUGAAGAGCUGAAGCAACUGUUGGAGCUUAUCAAUGCAAACGAGGAUGCGAAGAAAUUGCGGCGCAACUACAUCUUCUCUGCUACGCUCACCAUGGAUCACGAGAUGCCUGACCACUUGAAAAAAAAUGUAAAGAAAUCGAAAAAAGUGUACAAACUAACUCCCGGCCAACGUAUGGAUAAUCUUAUCGAAGUAAUCGGUAUGACCAAUCCGAAGAUCGUUGAUCUGACACAAGAUCAUGGCACAGCCCGUACGCUUACCGAGUCGCGUAUCUUAUGUCAGGCGGAACAAAAAGACUUCUAUCUGUACUACUUUCUCGAGCGACAUCCUGGCCGCACGCUCGUGUUCUGUAACUCGAUCGACUGUGUUAAACGGCUCGUUUCCCUGUUUGACUAUCUGGACUGUCAGCCGUUUAGUCUCUUCGGUAGCAUGCAGCAGCGUCAGCGUUUGAAGAACCUAGAGCGUUUCACAGCCAACCCACGCGCCCUGCUCAUCGCGACCGAUGUGGCAGCGCGAGGCUUAGACAUUCCCAACGUGGACCAUGUGAUUCACUAUCAGGUACCGAAAACGACCGAAAACUAUGUGCACCGUUCGGGACGUACGGCCCGCGCGAGCAAAGAAGGUCUGACGGUGUUGCUAAUCGCACCAGGCGAAGUGAAGAAUUACGUCAAACUCAACCAGGAUCUGGGUCGCACCGAUGAUCUGCCGCUGUAUCCCACCUACGAGCGGGUGAUGAGACAAGUGAAGGAACGCGUUUUACUCGCCCGUGACAUUGAGCGAAUGGAUCUGCAGCAGCGCCGUGAAGGCGCGACCCGUUCCUGGGAGGAUCAGCUGGCGAAGGAAUUCCAGAGCGAAUCCGAGGUGGAUAGUGAGCAGGAGGAGGUGCGACGAUUCGAAGAGACGAAGCGAAAGCGGCAGUUUAGAGCGAAGCGGUUAGAGCUAAGCCAGCUGCUUGCCAAACCGAUCGUAGAUAUUAAGAUCGAGAUGAACUACCCUUCUUUGAACAUUGAUGCAAUGAAGAGCCAACCGUCGGAAAAAAAUCAGUCCGCCAUUAGUCUCGUGCGGAAGGCAGAAGAGCAGCGAAUACUUGAGAAGAAGCAGCGAAGAAAUAGGAAAAAAUACUAA